CAUUACUGUAUUUUUGAACUCCUGCUAACGUCAUUGACACCCACCUACAGUCCACUAGAAAUAUAAGUGCAGAGAUCAGUUUGUUCACAGAUUACAAGGAGACUAACCAAGAAGGGGCAAGCCAGAGCCAAAUUCACUGAUAGUCUGUUCAUCUCUUCAGCAUGUGGAAAGUGGUGCUGCUGGGUCUAUAUACAGUAGUGGCUGUGAGAGGACUGGUAAAGGGUGCUCCUUUCCAACCAGAAGAAAAAUGGAAACCUCUAGAUAACCCUAGAAACAGAGACCUGUUUUUCAGAACACUCCAGGCUUAUUUUUCAAGCAGGGGUCUUGAUGUCAGGAAGCUCCCAGCCACUUUCACCAUGAACAAUGAAGGACCAAGGCCUGUCAUGCUCUACUCGGACCCUGUUGCUUCUGCAUUUGCAGAUUAUGAAGAAAGGAAAAAUUCUUUCCCGAAUUAUUUCAAAGGCUGACCAAGGCAUUAAGUGUUGAACUUCACUCGAAGUGAUCCCCUUCCCAGCACAAUAUCACUGCUUUGACUUUUUAACUUCAUUGAUUGCUUUGACAAUUGCUUUGACAGUUUUUACCUAUGGAAUCUGCUGUCUUGUUGCAAGUAGCACAUUUGCCUUCCAUUGACAAAUGUGCGAUGUUUGCCUAUUACAAUGUGCCUAGAAGAACCACGUGUGUUUAGAUGUGAAUAAAUGAGGAGCGCAACAGCG